GUUCGCAACAGGGGCAUGCGCAGAGAUUGACAGCCAUCCAGCCUUGCCUUCAAGGUUCUUUUGUGCGACCUGGUGUGCAUUACGGCUGUGAUCCAAAACAAAGCCAUGCAUCUGGCGUAAUGUCACCGUCACAAACUGCAGCAAUUUGACACACAAUAUUCGUAGACCAGCAUCUUUCUUUUGCGUAAAAUAUCAACAUAAUCUACACUGUUCAACAAGUCACGAAUGAAAUCUCGAGCCCCCAUUUGGGAUGCACAAGCAUGGUUAGAAAACAACUACCGAGAUCGGAACGGACUCCCGAAUUUUUUCCGUGAAGGAGGAUACACUUUUGCCAUGAAGGAAACCGCAGAAGAAGAUUAUAUCAUGGUAGUCGAUGCGGCUGCAAAUCAACAAGAAAAUGAGUCCUUUCAAUUGUGGGCCAUCAACAUGAAGAUCAAUCAGUACAGAGCCUUGCAAUUGACUACAACGCUUGAAUAUUGGCGUUACCUUGCAGAAAAAGAAAAAGACGCUCUCAGUAGAGAUAAAGCUGCUGGCUUAACUCUGGCAAGCUGUCGCACCGCAAGUGAAAGACCAGUGAAGAGCCCAAGAAAUACGUAUCUGUCGUCUGAUACAAUCUUCGUGGAAGGCUAUCGAGAAUCAUUUGGAACCAUUGUCGGCCGGUUCGGGAGGAGCUACAUUUCGCAUAACAACAAAAGCAGCUACUUCAAAACCUUGGCCAUGAAUAACAUCAUUGAUCUGUCCGACGAUUCUGAGGGCUCCCACUUGGCUCAAGUAAACCCAGAGGCGCAAAAUGCCGUCAAAGAACUGCUCCACAAGUCGCCUAUUAAUGAAGACGAGGUCGAUUCCCAGUGUCAAGUUUUCGAGAAGCUGAUCAAAAAAGUAAGUAGACUGUAUUACAGAGUAACAGACGGUUGAAAUUCAAUUUGUCUUAGUUCAAGCGGGAGGAGAAUGACGACCGGUUCCUGGCCAGAGUGGUCAAAGAGAUUGAGGAGGCCCGCUCGCCGAAUGCAUACCUCAAGAGAAUAUACUUGCAAAUCUUGGAAGCAAU